AUGUUUGAAAAAAUUCCUGCCUUUCUUUAGAAACUAGUUGAAAAUUAUCUAGAUUUCUUUACUGUUGCCUGUUACUAACGAAAUCAAUUAGCUUUACAAUUGUUCAGAAUUGCUGUGAUAAUCAAUGGGUUAUAAGAAUUAUAAUUAAUGGAGGACAACUUACACUAAAGCGACACAAAGUAUUUAGUAAUUCAAAUUUUCUAGACUAUUCUAUUCCAGUCUAAAAGAAUCUCUACUCACAACUUAAUUAAUUGGAUAUGAAAGCAAUUCUACUAUAUCAAUACUUCUAAUUACACACAUUAUCAUUAAUUUGUUAAUAUUUGUGAACAUUUUUUUUAUAAAGAAACAAUCGUAUUUCCACACAGUAACAUUAUCUGUAAUAUUGGUUGAAAACUACAUUCUUUUGUAUCCUACCCUUAAGGCAAUUUUUUAUUUUAAUAAAUUAUAAGCAGACUACGAGAUUUAUUUAAUUUCGAUUUUUAAUCUAAUAAUAAUGUAUAUACAAAUUACAAUAACAUAAUACUCUUGGAGAUAAACUAAAUUAAUAGAUUUAUAAGGAUUAAUAAGAACAAAUAAUUUUAAAUUAGAAUUGUUAUCUCAUUUAAUUCUAAUUUUAGCUAUUGGAUUAAAUGAACUAUCUUAACUUGGUUCAUAUAUAUUAAUAAUGUUUAAAUAAAUAAUUAAAUUAGGAAUAAGUUUUGACUCUUAUAAUAAAAAUAGUUAAUUCAUGCUUUAUUAAAAUGUAACAUAAAUCAUAUUUAUGACUGCAUUAUCAUUUAAUAUAAACAUGAUAUACACAUUAUUAAUUUUGGGAUUUCUUAUAUAAUUAAUUCAUAAAGUUUAAUCACAUUUUUUUGAGAAUCAUUUAAUAUAAUUUGAAAUAUCUCUCAAGAAAUGUUAAAUUUAUGAACUCUUAUUUAAUUAAUCUGAAAAAACAUCCAAAGUUCUUUUAUUAUAGUCCUUAUUAUAAAAAAGCUUUUCAUAAAAUUAUAAGAGUAAAACUAAAAAAAAGUAGUCUACUUUCCUUUUUACUAAUUAACAAGAUAUCCUAUAAUAAUUGAUUAGUUAAUCCCACUUUAAAAAGAAAAUGUUGAUUUAAAUUUUAUGUAAUUAUGAUUUGUAAAAUAAACCUCAGAAAACACUUAUUUAAUUUAUGAAAUAUUACAAAAUAUCCAAUAUUUAUGAUAAAGCAUAUGCUAAAGCAUUGUAACAAUAAUUAAAUUAUAUCAUUAAUUAAAAUUAAAUUUACUUUAAUUCAAGAAUUUAAUCUAUAAAUGUUAUGGAUACUUAAACUACAGUUUAAGCAUUAAUAAAUAGUGAAAAUGCAAUAAAUUUUAUACAAAAAGUAGUUUAAAGUAAGAUUGCCUUAUUAGAAUCACUUAGAAAAGGAUUUUAGUAAUAAAUAGAAAUUUUGGAUUAGGUUGAUGAUUAUACCAAUAAUAUAUUUAAAUGUAGAAAUUUUAUAUUAUAAUGUUAUGAAUUGAAAAGAUAUAAAUUAAAAGGAUGUUAAAGUACCGAUAUACUUAGUUUAAGAAUCUUAUAAAUGUAUUUUGGAAUUAUUUUAAAUGAUAUUAAAGAGGUAUUUACUUAUUAAAUAAUAGAGCAAAGUUAUUGAGAAAUAAAUUGAUGAUUUAAUAAAGGCUGACAAAAUACUAUAAGAUACAACAAUAAAUAAUCAAAUAUUACUAUAAAGUAAAUAAUUUAUAUAUUCAAAUUAGAUCGAUAUAUGGUAUUGAAUACUAGUUUAAUUAAUUAAAGAGGAAAAUUGAUUAAUUGUAAUAAAUAAUAGAUCUCGUAAUUUUUUGGAUGUUCCUAAGAAUAUAUACAAAACUAUUAAUAUAUACAUGAAUUUAUGCCUGACUUUAUAGCUUAAGUUCAUGAUGAAUUAAUUGAUUAAUUUAUUGAUAAUGGAUAUACAUAAUUAAUGAAAACUGGAAAAUUAACAUUUAUUUAGGAUCCUUAAAAUUAUCUAAUGCCAAUUUAUAUUCAUUUAUACAAUCCGAAUAUUGAAGAUGAUUUCACAUUAUAUUCUAUAUUAACAACCUAAUUUUAAUAGUAAGAUUAUGUAAUAUUUGAUUCAGAUGGUAAAAUUUAAGGAAUUUCUAAACGAUUUUUUGAAUAUACAAAAUUAUAAAAGUCAUCUUAAUAAGAUAUAAAUAUUUUUGAUAUUGUUCAUAGAGGUAGUAGUAUUUUGUAUUAUAUUCCUAAUGUUAUAAAUUUGAUAAAAGAUUUAAAAAAUAAUAUUGAUCAUAAUGUGAAUAAUUCAUUAAAUAAUGUAAGAUCAUAUUGGUAAUAUCCUGAUAAUCAUUUGGAAUGUCUAUCAUAAACUCAAUCACUAAUUAAUUAUUCAUAAAGAAUGGAAUUUUAACCAAACUUAAUUUUAGGUUAAAAUAUAAAAUUAUUAGAUUAAGCGUUUCAAUAAUGUUUUAUUAAUACAAUAAAAAAGAAAUAAAAUAAUCUAGAUUAAGCAGAAAAUCAUAUUGAAUUAUUACAUAACUUUUAGCUUUAUGUAAUUAGAGAUCAUAUAUUCUUUUUAAUUACAAUAAGAGAAUAUAAAUUAGCUGAUUUUUCAAAGACUUACACAUCCAACUCAAUGCAUUAAGCAUAAAAUCCAUUUACAUCAUUUUCUACACAUUUUACUUAAUUAGAUUAAUUGAUGUCUGAAAAAUAAUUAACAACAGAUAAUGGCACAAUUUAAGAUAUUAAAUAAUUCUGUACUUUUUAACAUUCUUAAAUAAUUGAAAAAUUAUUCAAAGAUGAUGAUAUGAGUGGAAGAUUUGUAGUUGAUAUUACAUAAAAAUAGUAAUUAAAUGCUAGUCAUUCUCAAUCUAAAUUGCCUUUCUUAACUUCUAGAUAACCUUUGUCAAAUAGAUAAUUACUAUAAACAGGUUUAGCAUCUAUGCGUAUGGUUUAACCAUAGUUUCAUUUACCAUCCAUUGACUCUAAAAAAAAAAUAGAAGAUUAUCAAUUAUAUGAAUUAGAAGAAGAUAUGAAAGAGAUAGCAGUAAUGGAAAGUAUAAAAUAAAUUUAAGUCGUUUAAAAUGAAUAAGAGAUUGUAAAUUAGAAAUAAGAAAAUAUUAAUUUUAAUCGCUACGAUAGUAAUAUUAAUGAUGAUUCAAUUAAGAUGUCUGAAAAAUAAAAUGAUACUUAAGUUUAGGCUUUAGUCUAAAGUUAAAUUUAAUAAGGUUCUUAAUUAUAAAUGAUAUAAGAAAUAGUAAAUUUUAAUGGAUCUAUGAAAAUGGUAAAUAUUGGAAUAAUUUUAAAUCUAUUUUUGGCACUCUGGAUAUUUAUAAUGCUAUUUAUAAAUGGAUAUUUGAUAAAUAAUGAAAUCCAAACAUAUUUUCAUCAACUUACAAAUAGUAUUGCAUAUUAAAGUUUAUAAUUUUAUAUAGGAGUGCCUUAUACAAUAAUCUUAUAACUUUAUAUGAAUGAUAAUUAAAUCCUUGAUUUUAGUCCAGCAUUAUUGUAAAAUACAAUAAGUAAAAUACCUUUUUUAUAUGGGUUUUCUUAGAUGUAAUAAUCUCAAUUUCAAGAUACAGUAUGUAACUAACCUAAAUAUUAUGCUGAUUAUUUUGCUAACAGUAAUGAUUGUUCUAAUUAUUUUAUACAGUUUCAUACUGCAAUUUUAUAAUCAUAUCUUUAAUAUGAAAUUGAUGAAACUUUUGAUUAUUAAUUAUUUAAUAAUAAUUCAUUUCAUAGAAAUUAAUCUUUUUAUGGAUAGAAAAUACUUUUAGAUUCAUUAACUAAUUUUAUAAGUUCUUUCUAAAAGGUUACAUUAAAGGAUACUUUUUUAAUAUUAUUAAUGAUAAAUUUAUUAGUAGUAACAAUUAUUUAUGUUUCAUAAUUUUAAAUGACAAAAUCUAAAUCAAAUUUAAAGCAAAAAUUUUAUUAAAUCUUAAAUAGAUUGUCAUUUGAUGAAAUAGUGGAAUUAAUAGCACGAUUUAGUUGUUUUAAAGUAGCUUUAGGAGAAAAUGCAUGGAAAUUAAUUAAUUAUUACGAUAUGAUAAAUUAUAAUAAUAUUGCUAAAGAGAAAUCUAAUUUAAAUGCACAUAAGAAAUAUAUUUAAUUAAGUGAUUCAAAAUUAAAGAAAAAAACAGAUCUAUUUCAAAUUAUAAUAAUAGUAUCAUCAUUUUGUUGUUGGAUCCUUUUUUUUGUAUUAGGUUUCCUUCUUUUUUAUUUUUUAUUUUAAGAAUUUGCUCCUAGUUUUAGAAUUGCCUAAAAUUUUGUAGCCUUCAAAUAAAAGCUUGAUAUAUCAUUAUGUAUAGGAUUUUGGAUAAAAACAGAUCCCUUAACAAAUAUGACAAGAAACACAUAAGAAUAAUAAUAGAUGAUUAAUUUAUUUAUGAAUUUGACAGACAGUUUGUAACCACUUUUAGAUGAAAUUUCAACUGAUUUAGUAAAAUCUACUUAUUUAAAUGAAGAAAAGAUGUAAAUUAUUCAACAUACUUUAAAUUCUGAUUUAUGUCCUUCUUAUUAAUAUCUUUUUUGUUAUCCAGAUAAAUUAUCAACAUAACGUUAUUAUGAUUCUGAAUCAUAUGCUUCUAUUUUAUCAGGGGGAAUCACAGGAUUUGUUGCAUAAAUAUACAAAUUUUCAGUUUCAGAAUUCACAAUAGAAAAAGAGACAUUACAAUAUUCUCCUUAUCUAGAUGAACUUGAAUUAUUAGUUUAAGAAUAGGUAUUUAAAAAUAUAUUUGUUUAAUAUAUUUAAGAUAUUUAAUUCACUAUGUAUAAUCUUUUUGCUUAGUUUAAUGAUGGGAAUUCAUAUGCUGGAGAGAUUCUACUCUCUUAUAUGAAUUAUUAUAGUUUUGGAUUUGGAAUAAGGUAUAAUAAUUAUAUAUUUAUAAUAGUUUAAUUAUAGUUUAUAAUAUUAUUGAUUUCAUAAGAAUUAGAUAGAGUGUUAAAGAAUUAGAUUAAUUAAAAUUUAUCCUUUUGGUGCUACCAGAAUAAAAGUUUGAAAACUAGAUUAUAAAAUAAAAGAUUUCAGAAAUCAGCAAGUAUUUCUUUUGA